AUGACAGGAAAAAAGGAAUUCGACGAGCAUUUUGGAGAAUGGUCGCGAUCCGUUCAACGUACCGUGGAUAACACUUCAGUGGUUCCUCGCCAAGAUUAUGGUGAUACUGCCGAAUCACAGAUUGUCACACGUUCAGUUGUCACCUCAAGUAGCAGAAAUUCGAAGAGCUCCAAGUCCAGCUCACGUGCAAGUGAUCGAUGAAAAAAGGCUAAAGCCGAGCUGCUUUGUCGUGAAGUUGGGUUGAAGAAUCUGUUAAAGCGCCAGGAGAUGGAACGUCAAAUGGAACGUCAAAUAGCCGAGAUGAAAAUUCAAGAAGAUGAAUUGAAACGCCGGAUUGCUUUAUUGACCGCAGAAGGGGAAAUAGAGAAAGCUAAGGCCGUUGAUGAGCUUUAUGAAACUUCGGAAUAUUCAAAACGUGGUAUCGAGGCAGAGUUGAAACCGGUUUACAAACACGAAACACGCGAUUCCUUACCUCCUGUGAAAGACCUUCAGGUUGGACCGAACUUUAAGAGGGGCGACUUCAAGCAAGUUGGAAGAAACUAUUCUAAAUCAGUGCUGAAUCCAGGUGCUCAACCUUGGGACCUAGGACCCCCGCAGAACACUAUCGGCGCUGGAGACCCCACUGGUUCCCAACAGUUGUAA